GGAAGGAGACCAGAGAACCUCAGUCAGCUUUAAACUCUCUGAAACAUGAUUCAAGAUGUAAGAAAACAUUCAGCUUCUCUGAGUGUGGGGGAGGAUUUGGAAAAAGGCAACAUCUGAAUGACCACAUGAGAAUCCACACAGGAGAAAAACCUUUCAGCUGCUCAGUUUGUAACAAAUCUUUUACACAGAGUGGACAUUUACAGAAACACAUGAUAAUUCACACAGGAGAAAAACCUUUCAGCUGCUCAGUCUGUAAGAAAUCUUUUACACGGAGUGGAGAUUUACAGAAACAUAUGAGAAUCCACACAGGAGAAAAACCUUUCAGCUGCUCUGAGUGUGAUAAAGCUUUCACCGAAAGUGGACACCUGAGGAAACACAUGAGAAGCCACACAGGAGAAAAACCUUUCAGCUGCUCAGUCUGUAAGAAAUCUUUUACACGGAGUGGAGAUUUACAGAAACAUGUGAGAAUCCACACAGGAGAAAAACCUUUCAGCUGCUCUGAGUGUGAUAAAGCUUUCACCGAAAGUGGACACCUGAGGAAACACAUGAGAAGCCACACAGGAGAAAAACCUUUCAGCUGCUCUGAGUGUGAUAAAGCUUUCACCGAAAGUGGACACCUGAAGAAACACAUGAGAAUCCACACAGGAGAAAAACCUUUCAGUUGCUCCGAGUGUGAUAAAGCUUUCACCGAAAGUGGACACCUGAGGAAACACAUCAUGACUCACACAGGUGAAAAACCUUUCAGCUGCUCAGUCUGUAAGAAAUCUUUUACACGGAGAGGAAAUUUACGGUCACACAUGGCAGUCCACACAAGGGAGAAAAGAUUCAGCUGCAGUGUUUGUAACAAAAGAUUUGCCUGGUGUUCUGAUGUGAAAACACAUAAAUGUGUUGGUCCAAUGGAAACAGAAGCUGAUGAAGAGGACUGUGGAGGACCAGAACCAGCCUGGAACUCACAUCCACUUUUACAACCAGAGACUGAAGACCAGACUGGAGACUCUUCUGAACCUGAGACUGGUGACAUGGUAUAACGUUUGUACCUUUAAGUCCAAGUAGAACUUCUCAAGUAUGAAACAAAAAUCUUUAUGUAUCAACAUCUAGAUAGAAGACAUUAUAUUGUGUGGCA